AUGGCAUUUCGUCUCCCCGACCAGACGCCGCAGAGACAACACCCGUAUCGAGGUUCCAGUCGUUCUUUGACGACACCGCCAAAUGUCUCCCAGCCACAAGCCAGGGCAGACGAGGAGGACUCGCAGGAAUGGGUGCUCUUCUCUCCCGUAGAGGCUCAGUCCACAGCAACCCACAGCCAUACUGCGUCUACUGAACGAACGCCCCGGACAGCUGGUCUGUCGCGGUUGAGUGACUUUGGGUCAUUGGAGACCGCCGCUCAGUCGUCAGGUCCGCUUGAUAGUGAGGGAAAUGACGGGGAGACAGAAGGCCAGGAAGGGCAACUUCAGGACACAGGCGUGCAGGAGGACGAUGUCACGGAGCUGGACAGUCUCGAUGACGGACUCCAGGCGUUUCGAGACCCACAGCUGGACCAGAGCGGAGGCCCUGCCAUGCUACCGACUCAUGAUGGAUUGGGAACGUUUUCACCUUCUGGGGUGAAUGUGCAAGAGCAGUUGUGGCAGCAUGAACAGUUCAACCCCAGGAGGAUUGGUGAAACACGGCAGAGGAGCAGCUCGAGCGUGCAGAGGCAUCUGGACAAUGCUAAUGAAUCUCAACCCAUGGGUAUUGGUAUGGAGAGGGAGAGAUGGCAGAGAAUCGAGCAGUGGCGCAUGGAACAGAGCAAAGUGCUGUUACAGGAGAUAGAAAAGGAAACGAGACGACGCAGACAGAGAAAACAGAGGGCACAAAGCAAGGGCUCUGACACAAUGCACCCUCUUCGAUCCAUAGUCUCGGAAGAUACCACAUCCAAGACGGAUGCAUCACUUACUGCUAGCCAAGCAGCACUUGAUGCCACGGUUGAUGCCACUCCUAGUGAUGAAACGGAUUCGGACGAAUCGUUCUGGCAACGAAUUACUCGAAGAGUCAUCAAUGGCCUCAUUGGAAUUGACGAUUCUCUUCUCGCCGUAAUAUUUGGAGAGUCGCUAGUCUCCGACACAACCGACAGUGAUACCAACAGCACUUCACCUCAAGACCAGCCACGUAGCUCCUUCGCCGGCAAUAACUACCUACGAACCACCACUUUAACCACCGAUAGUUCAGUCAAUAUGGUUGAAACUAUUCCUAACAUAAUGAGCUCCUCAACAAGAGACGGCUGGUGGCAGGAACGUCUACUCGAACGAAUUGCUCGAGAACUUGGUAUUCUCGUUCAUCAAAUCUAUGAACACCCUGGAGCAUUCACCGCAUAUAUGCGGACCAACAUUGAUCCAUCAACAGAAUAUGCUGGCAUGCCUAUAUCUCAACCUACCGCAACACCAACUGUGUCAGCCAUGACCUCCAGGCGCGAAUCACAUAGCAGCCAUGAAAACACAACUUCAGUGCCAUCCCCUACUUUCCACCCAACGAUGCAAGACGCGGCUACUUCCAGGCACGCAGCACUCUGGGGCAUAGAAGAAGAUGUACCUGCCCAGAGAGAUGCUGAACCUAGUCACAUCCUCUCGGAAUCAGAACGCCGCGAACGUGACCGUGAGUACUGGGAACGAGAACUAAACAUCAAGAUGGUGUUCCGAUAUCUCCGUAAUCGUUUUGCUGCAACGGCAACUGGAGACGCUAGUAGCACCCAGGAUAACGACGAUACCAUCGAGCUUACCUCUCCACAACAUAGAGCUCAACGACAGCGUCAGCAUGAUCCUAUCCGUGCAGCAAUCAUCCGCCAGCAUCACCCACUAGUUGCUCGUGCGGAAGCAAACUCCCGUUUCCGCCAACAGUCUUCACGCAUCUAUCGCCAUCAACAACAUCAUCGCCACCACCAUCAUAUGCGUGGUACCAUUAGUCCAAGCUGUGCAAGCCAGAGCCAAAGCACUCGCAAGUCUGUGUCAACAAAACGAACAGGCUCCAGCAGGCAUUACUGGGACAUAGGCGGGAGUGCUGGCAGUAGCAGUGCUCCAUUAGCUGUUGGUGGCGGCAUGGGCAGCUGGGGAGACAUCUAA